AUGCACCAUAAUCUACCACUGGAACUUGUCACUGAAAUCGUGCACUGUAUCCUUACCAUUCCGGAGCCCAAGGAAACAAUCGGACAGAACAUAAAGCCACCAUGGGAUCUCAUUCGUUCUUUUACUUUGUCGUGCCGGGAGUUUCGCCUCAUUGGCCUAGCUUUAUGGUUUCGUCAACUGUAUAUUGUUUCAGCAGAAGACCUGAAAACAAGUGAUUCCUAUUUUCCUGUUCUCAAGACAAGCUGGUGCAGACACAUACACUGCGUCCAGGAAAAAGAUAGAAAAGCGACGCAUUGGGACCUUGCCGGCUUCACACGUCUAUCGUCAUUGAGGAUUGACUGGCUUUGUAUAGGUGUCUCCGAUAUUGGCGACGGAGGUCAACCACUCCUCAAAAAUUUGGAAUCUCAAGUAAAACACCUCGACAUACGCGGGGUACGGCACCCUUCGCCCAUGCUUUUGAUGGCAUUGGUUUCUCCUUUUCGCGAUUUGGUUACCCUUAAACUGGAUUUCUUGAGGAUAUGGUGCGGCCUUUGCCAUACGUGCAUCCUUGUUCGACUUCCAUCACCUUCUCCAGCAAUCAUUUCGUACUCAAAUGGCCUGGGCUUACCCUAUCAUUACUCUCGUGUCUUGUUUCCCCUUCAAUCUCUGAAAGAGGUCUUCAUUCGAUUGCCUGAUUUUGGCCCUGGGCUUCCGAUUACUGGGCUCUCCGACAAAGUCAACGACAAUCUUUGGUCUGGAGAGUGCGACCGGUGCAUGUCUUUGAUGUACGAAGAUGAAUCCUUUCGGACAGUUUGGGUUGCUCGAAAGAAUGGUAUACAACCAGGAGAUCUUGACAAGUGGUCGCCAUAUCUAAUACCACCGCGGCUCGAGAAGGUCGAAUGGAAAUUUUGGAGAGUGGGAAAUGGAAAAGAAAUGCCGUUUUCUUUCGAAGAAGUGGACUCUGACGAAGAAGAAGACGAUGAAUCCGAGGUUGCAGAGGACGAUGAACAAUGA